UCUCAUUUGGUGGCAGGGAUGGGAAACAAUCGCAUGAAGGGAGCCGACUUCAGCUCUCUACAAGAAUGACAGGGAGCUUCGGCCUUUGUUUUGCCGGAGAUCUUCUCUUCUAAAGGCUAGAGCCGUCCUUUUUUUUUUUUUUUUAACUCUUAAAAAAAAUCCUAAGGAGGUGUCGCUAAAUCCAUCCCUCCUAUGGUGAAUCAAACGGCACCUGAGAUGUAAACCCUUCUUAUUUUCUUCUUCUUUCGCUUCUGCAUCUUGAGACUCUUCUAACCUUCCCUUUGGAGUUGAGAAAACAGUUGCCUCCUCUCCACUCCUUCUCCAUGAGGUGAUUUUUGUCUGCAAUUUUUUAAAAAUUUUGUUCUUGGGGUCUCCCCACCACCACCGUUUUUGUGAGGCAAUUUAACUAUCCCAAGGAGACUCUUUCACAAGGAGGAUGAGUGUGUGUGUGUGUCUGUGGCUGGUACAAGUGGGGAAUGUUGGACGGUUUGAGAUGGCUAUCUAGCAUAAACACAGACAAGCCACUGAACCCUUUGGUUGUGCAACGGAUUGUCAUAAAGGGAAACUGAAGUGGAUAACAGCAGCGCGCAAUCGCUCCUUGGCAUGCUUCUUGUAUCCUCAUCGUGGGGACUGCCAGAGAUGUUGCAGACAAUUUACGAAACUGAAUCGUGUUUCUCUUCAGAUGGAGUUUCUGGACGUGAGCCAUCACUGGAACUCCUCUCGCGGGCACAGAUCCAUGCCAUACCUGUGGCCGCUGUGGACUUGAAGCCGGUACUUCCCGCGGUGAUGCAGAGCUCUUGCAACAACAACAGCAGCAGUAGCAGCAGCCCGGUGGACUUGCGAAUGGAUGCCCGGCCCAGCAUGCCCUCUGUGGACCCAGCUGUCCGAGAACAGCAGCUGCAGCAGGAACUCUUGGCCUUGAAACAGCAGCAGCAUUUGCAGAAGCAGCUGCUCUUUGCCGAGUUUCAGAAGCAGCAUGAGCAUCUAACACGGCAGCAUGAAGUCCAGUUGCAGAAGCACCUCAAGCAACAGCAGGAGAUGCUGGCAGCAAAGCGUCAACAGGAACUGGAGCAGCAGCGUAAGCGAGAACAACAGCGGCAGGAAGAGCUGGAGAAGCAGCGUCUGGAGCAGCAGCUACUUAUCUUGCGCAACAAAGAAAAAAGCAAAGAGAGUGCCAUUGCCAGCACUGAAGUGAAGCUGAAACUUCAGGAGUUCCUUCUCAGCAAGUCAAAAGAGCCAGCUGUAGUAGGCGGCUUGAACCAUUCCCUCCCUCAGCACACCAAAUGCUGGGGGGCUCACCAUACCUCAUUGGACCAGAGUUCCCCUCCCCAAACAGGAAGCCCGGGAACACCACCCUCUUGCAAACUACCUUUACUCGGCUCUUACGACAGCAGAGACGACUUUCCACUUCGGAAAACCGCCUCAGAACCCAACUUAAAAGUGCGCUCACGAUUAAAACAGAAGGUUGCAGAGAGGCGGAGCAGCCCCCUACUGCGGAGGAAAGAUGGGACCGUCAUAAGCACCUUCAAAAAACGAGCAGUUGAAAUCACAGUGUCUUCAAUGUGCAACAGUGCCCCUGGGUCUGGUCCUAGUUCCCCAAACAGCUCUAACAGCGCCAUCACAGAAAAUGGACUUACUGGCUCAGUGCCCAAUAUCCAUACAGAGCAGAUGCUACCCCAACACCGAGCUGUCACAAUGGAUGGGUCAGCUAGCCAGCUCAGCUUAUACACUUCCCCGUCUUUGCCUAACAUCUCCUUAGGAUUGCAAGCUACCGUCACGGUGACAAAUUCGCACCUUAACGCCUCCCCAAACCUUUCUACGCAGCCAGAAGCGGAGCGUCAGGCGAUCCAGUCAUUGCGCCAGGGGGGUGCCUUGACAAGCAAGUUUCUGAGCAUGUCGUCAAUCCCCAGUUGCCUUCUGGGAGUGGCCCUGGAGGGCGAGACCAACAACCAUGGACAUGCUUCCUUGCUUCAGCACGUCCUGCUCCUGGAACAGGCUCGGCAACAGAACACACUAAUUGCUGUUCCUCUGCAUGGCCAGUCCCCUCUGGUGACAGGGGAGCGCAUCCCUAGCAACCUGCGGACCGUGAGCAAGCUGCCCCGGCACCGCCCACUGAGCCGCACCCAGUCGUCGCCGCUGCCCCAGAGCCCUCAAGCCCUCCAGCAUCUGGUGGUGCAGCAACAGCAUCAGCACUUCUUGGAGAAACAGAAGCAGCAGCAGAUCCAGCUGGGAAAGAUCAUCACCAAGACCGGUGAGCUGCUGCGGCCACCCACUACGCACCCCGAGGAGACGGAGGAGGAGCUGACGGAGCAACAGGAGUCCCUGGGCCUGGGCUCCUUUGUGGUGGAUGGGUCGACAGAGAGCGAGGGAACGCAGGAUGACCUAGAGGAGGAGAAAGAAGAGGAAGAGGAGGAGGAGGAGGAGGUGGUGGAAGAGCAGAGCUGUCUCCAAGUGAAGGAUGAGGCCGGGGAGAGCGGGCUGGAAGAAGAGCAGGAGGUGGAGGAGCUGGGCGUGACUUACAGGCAGGUGUUUGCAGAUGCACAUCAGCUGCGACCCCUCCAGUUUUACCAGACUCCCCUCAGCAUCAACACCCUGCCACAUCAAGCCCUCAGCCGCACCCAAUCCUCACCUGCCAGCACCAGCUUGAAGAGCAGUACAGCUGAACCUUUGGCCAAACACCUUUUCACUACAGGCAUCGUAUAUGACACAUUUAUGCUGAAGCACCAGUGUACGUGUGGAAACACUAAUGUUCACCCAGAGCAUGCUGGGAGAAUCCAGAGUAUCUGGUCCAGAUUACAAGAGACAGGGUUGUUAAGCAAGUGCGAGAGGAUCCGAGGCCGGAAAGCAACGCUAGAUGAAAUCCAGACAGUCCAUUCGGAGCAUCACACGUUACUAUAUGGAACCAGCCCCCUGAAUCGGCAAAAACUUGACAGCAAGAAAUUGCUAGGUCCCCUUACUCAGAAGAUGUAUGCUGUCCUCCCAUGUGGCGGUAUUGGGGUUGACAGUGACACAGUGUGGAACGAGAUGCACUCAUCCAGUGCGGUCCGCAUGGCUGUUGGAUGCUUGGUGGAGCUGGCCUUCAAAGUGGCAUCUGGGGAGCUUAAGAAUGGAUUUGCUGUCAUCCGGCCACCAGGUCAUCAUGCAGAAGAGUCCACAGCUAUGGGCUUCUGCUUCUUCAACUCUGUUGCCAUUGCUGCCAAGCUCCUCCAGCAAAAACUUGCCAUCAGCAAAAUCCUCAUUGUGGACUGGGAUAUUCACCAUGGUAAUGGCACUCAGCAGGCAUUCUACAGCGACCCCAACAUACUCUAUAUCUCCCUCCAUCGCUAUGACAACGGCAAUUUCUUCCCAGGCAGUGGAGCCCCUGAGGAGGUUGGCAGUGGGAUUGGUGUAGGCUACAACGUAAACAUUGCCUGGACUGGUGGAGUGGAUCCCCCCAUUGGUGAUGUGGAGUAUCUGACUGCCUUUCGGACUGUGGUGAUGCCAAUAGCCAAUGAAUUCUCACCAGAUGUGGUCCUCGUUUCUGCCGGCUUCGAUGCUGUUGAAGGCCAUCUGUCCCCAUUGGGUGGAUAUUCUGUCACGGCCAAAUGUUUUGGACACCUAACCAAGCAGCUGAUGAAACUGGCAGGUGGGCGUGUUGUUCUAGCGUUGGAGGGAGGUCAUGAUCUGACAGCCAUCUGUGAUGCCUCUGAGGCCUGCGUCUCCUCCUUGCUUGGCCUUGAGCUGGAGCAGCUGGAUCAAGCUCUGUUGCAACAAAAGCCCAACGCCAAUGCUGUGGCCACCCUGGAGAAAGUCAUUGAUAUCCAGAGCAAGCACUGGAGCUCAGUGAAACGCUCCGCAGCAAUUGUCGGCUGCUCCCUGCUGGAGGCGCAGAAGGGCGAGGCAGAGGAGGCGGAGACAGUCAGCGCCAUGGCAUCCCUGUCGGUGGACACAGAGCAGGGAAAAGCAGAGAGCGGUAUUCGACAACCAGAAGAGCCAAUGGAGGCCGAACCCGUGUUGUGAAGUGCCAAGACUUCAAUUUGUGUAGCUGUCACUCUGUGGGUUAAUUGGUCAUUUGUGAUUUCGUUUAAAAAAAAACAACCAACAACAAAAGAAAUUAAUUUUUUUAUCUAUUAAAAAAAUGAAAAGAAAAAAAAAAGAGUUGCACUGGACAAAAUGAGCCCGUGUGUGUGUGCGCGUGUGUGAUUGCGUCAGUCUCCUGGCAUUCGUUCUCACCAGCAUCACCAUUUUGUCCUAACUCUUUUGGGAUUUGUGAGGGGAAUGGUUGGGGGCCUUCAUAUGGGCAUCUCCUCGGGUUAUUCCUUUCUUAGACAUCAUUCCCCUGGCCCUGGCCGCUAAACUCAUCCCCCUCUCAGGGCUCGCACAAACUCUUUUGCUGACCUAGCUGAAAAUUACACAUACCGUAUCUUGUUGUAGGCAGGGGGAGGAGGGUACUGGAUUUCCUCCUUAGAGUCUUUUCUGAUUGCAGUGCCUUUUCCUUGCUCCAAACAUGGACAUUUUUGUUUCAUUUUCUUGUAAAGAGCCAGGAAAAAUGGGCUGCAAAUAGAAAAACCAGCGUAUGGGAUCCAGCUGUCCUCACAUUUCAAACUUUGUGGUCCCAAGGGGCAGGACAGGAAUUGCAUUUCCCCUUGAGAUUGCCCUGUUAACCUGGAGCCCCUGGAAUUGUGCUGCCCUAGGUAGCCACCUGUACUGCCUAUUGGGUUGGGCCAAUCUUGCCGAAUCUGUUCGUGAAAUGCCAUUUCUCUCCUCUGGGUUAUUUGCACAAUGAGAUGGGAUUGAAGGCAAACUCCCAGAUGCAUUUUCAAAUCUCCGUUCUCUGCCUCCUCAAUUUCUCUUGGUUUCUCACUCUCAGUUUAGCUCCAAACCAUUUGGAUUUAAUCCUACCUUUGUUGCCUAAAUCUGUCUUUCUCCUGAUCCAUUCAGCUGUAAAGUGUUCUGCAAUAUGUAUAGUUCUGAAUUAAUCUCUAGGAGAAGUCCCCGAGGUGCGGAGAAAGGAAAAAUGUGUGCCUUUAAGUCAUUUUUGUUAAUGCCUUAAUUUCUCUGUGAGUUCACUUCUCCUCCAACUGCCCUUCCCCACUUCUGUUAAUCAUCUCGAAGGGAGAUAGAAAUACAGAAAGGAAUCAUGUGUAACUCCCCCCAACACCAAUACACAUUGGCUUCGAUCCAGUUCUAGUCAUGUGUAAACAAACUGCUCACAUGUGACUAGCUGUGGGAGAAUGUGGUUGGGGGUGUGCAUUUGGAUAUGAAUGCACAUCCCAUUCAAUAUGAAUGUGCAUCCCAUUCAAAGCAAUGCAGCCAAGAUACACUGCAUUGUCACUGGGAUGCACAUCCCAUUUAUACCCACAGUUCCUAAUCAGGCGCAAACCUGUUUACGAGCACAGAUCUCCUUGCUGGAUCAGGGCACGUGUCAUUAAAACCCUUUUGUAAUUAAGAGUGUGCUUAUGUUGACUGUUUCAUGACCAAUGCUUUCUGGAGGUUCUCUCUCUUUUCCUCUCUUUCUUUUUGUUUUUUUUUUCCUUGUUAUUGUUUGAAAGACUCCUCAUCACUUACUGUAAAUAAUUUGUUUUCUUGUAUCACGUGCACAAACUUUGUUUCAAUGAAACUUUGUCCAUUCAUAUAUAAAAGAAAAAAGAAAAAGGAGAGAAUUCUUUGCUGUUACUACUUCACCAGCCAAAAAAAAAAAAUUUAAAAAAGAAAAUAUAGAGCAAUUUUAGCUUUUAAAAGAAAUGGAUAUAAAGAAAAAAAGGGUAUAUAAUUUUAUUACAGAUGUAUUAUUUAAUAGUAUUUUUUUAACUUGUACCACAAAACUCCUUUCCUUUGGAAAGUUGCUAGCAGGGAUAAUGUAACAAGGGAAAAGAGGGGGCUCGGUAUUGUUUUUACUAGUUCAGGGCAAUGGGAUUUCUAAGCUGUGCGUGUUUGUGGGGGGUGCUGGGGAGGGGGGAGCUGUGUGGAAUGUAAGAUUGGGAUGCAUUUUUAGCUACAAAAUUAGGGUUGCCAGGGAACUGUUCGGGGGAUCUCUUGGUUUGUUUCAGGUUAAGUCCUCUCAAGUGUCCCAUGUGGAGCAGGCUGCCGAAGGAUAUUCCUUCCUGAGGUGUCAUAUGAAAUAAUCACAUUUUAUAUAUAUCACGAAUGGAAGGACAUGUCCAGAUAGUGCUCUCCUUCUUCUGCCCUUCCCUCCUUUCCUUCUCCUCCUCCCAGCUUGGCAUGGCAGCAAACCAUUAGCCCAGGCCAGAGAACUGCAGGGGCAACAAAAGACCAUUUCUUUGUGCGGCCCUGAUUUGCUAGGUGGUGUCUGAAGACAGAUUCCUGGCACCUACUGCAAAGGUAAAGUGUGCUGUCAAGUUGGUGUCAACUCCUGGCACCCACAGAGCCCUGUGGUUGUCUUUGGUAGAAUACAGGAGAGGUUGACCAUUGCCAUCUCCCGCGCAGUGUGAGACGAUGCCUUUCAACAUCGUCCUAUAUUGCUGCUGCCCGGUAUAGGUGUUUCCCAUAGUCUGGGAAACAUAUCAGUGGGGAUUUUAACCGGCAACCUCUGGCUUGCUAGUCAAGUCAUUUCCCCACUGUGCCAUUAGGUGCACCGCUGUACUAGGUGUGUAAAAAGCUGCUGAUGGGAGAGAGAGCAGGGAACUGCUGUGGGAGACUUCACCCAGCAACUCGGUUGUGCACACUUGAUUCCACAGGAUUCCCCGUGAGGCAGCCUUAGCCAGUGUUUAUCCACAAGCACAGCAGUGUGUGCUCAUCUACUGCUACUCAGUUUUCUGUGGAUUGGAUUGAGAAUACAUGCACUAAGCAUCAGAACCAUAUGGGGUGAGACGUAAGCAUUACACAUGCAUUAACAAGCUACUGCUUUUGUGUGGUAUGCUACAUAUGAGUGUGGUCAGUUGGUUCAGAUCUCUAGGUGAAGGGGGAAGCAGAGCAGAGAUUUAAUGAAAUAAAUGGGUGGAUGUGGUCUGUUGACACCACAGGCUUUCCCCACCUGUUUCUACAUCUAGAUCGUGUUUGCUCAACACAAGAGCUAGAGAUAUGUUCAGAAAAAAGCAGUGUAGUUUGGUAAAGACCCCUGUUGGCUGUGGAUGCCAGUGUGGGCUGAAGCACCUUUGACCCCCUAAAUCAGAGCCAUCCAGAUUCACCUUUUGCAUUAUUUGGUCAAGGCUGCCUUGUCUUAAUUUGUUGGCUUUGCAGAGUCCUGUCUGCUCUCCAGGGGCUGUGGUGCUGAAAUGUUGAGAGGCAAGAACAGGCUGGGAGUUUGCAAAGCCAAAAAGUAUUUGUUUAGAAAAGAGGGGAAACAUGGUGGAAUGAUUCAUAUAUACAUAGGGAAAUCUUUGUGGUUAAAUCUAUUCACCACCUUCUGGGCUUACUCAGGACUGUAAUCGAGAGAAGUCACAGAAAGAUGUUGUGGAAUAGUAAAUGGACACCAUACGAUAUUCUAGAUUCUGAGGAGUAUCUUAAGCGCAAAUCAAGGUGGCUAAGCAGUGAGGAAUACAGCAGUGAAGGAUAUGGUGGUGUUUCCAAUCUGAUCAUUUCUGAAAGUCAUACCCAUUUCAUUUCUUUAAAAAGUCCAUACACACGUGUCAAUUUUGCAUUUGUAGUGAGGAAAAAUAAGCCAUAUGGGGAUUGGGAGGGAGGGAUGGUGAAAUGUAUCCUUUCCAAGAACAGUAAUUGGACAGCCUGUGCAUGACUUGAGGCACUACCUUUAACAUUAAUUACUACAGAGUAGUGAGGGACAACUCACGAUCUGCAUCCAAAGCACCACGCCCCUUUUGGGAAUAAAUUUGAGAGGGGAAAGCGACAGUAAUACGAAGACCUGUUUGGGUCACUUUACUGCUUCUUUCUAUCCCUUCCCCCCACUAGAGACUUAUAAUCUCUGUAAUCCAAUAGCAGCAGGACUCUGCAAUCUCUCCUGUUUGUUACACUCUAAGCACAUUUCUUUUGCAGUCACAAAAUGGUGCCAAAUCUCUGAUCACACCUUUUAAAAUAUCAUCCCUUUAAAAUGCUAACUGAGACACUUCUACAUCCAUAAUCCUGCUUUGACAUGUAAGCCUUUCCUCAUAGUGGCAACCAUCAAUUAUUACUCCCAACACACAGGACCAGUUCCUGAGGAUGGAUUCAUUCAAGAGCUUCCCACAUUUCCAGCUGGCACUUUGGGUGUGUACAGAUGUACCCUUAAACAGAGGUCACCAUGGCCUUUCUCCCAUUGAGAGAUCAAGGUUUCCACAGAUCUUCACAAUGCAUCUGACAGCAAUUCAAACACUGAUCUUGGCUGUCUGUACUGUUCCUCCCCUCAGUCUUCAGGUGAGCUGUCUGACUUUAAAAACAGUUAGUGCAGUGUGAAAUUUAUUCAUGCAGAUAUUUGUUCCUUGCUUUAAAAAAAGAAAGAAAAGAAAAGCCCCUUUUAAAAUAGCUACAAAACUGCUUUGAGUAUGAGAAUGGAGAAAGGUUUGUGAUGUUGCAAAUGCCUGCCAAUCAUGUUUUUUAGAACUGAUUUCCCCGAGUCUGAUCCCAGGUUGGAAUUGUAUAUUUAUAUGCAAAGCAGUGAGUGUGCUUCUGCAGUAACUCGACCGCUCCAACAGAGUACAUCUGUACAUAUCCUUUCUUUAGCCUCAGCCAAAUGUGCAGGAAUCAGUAGCUGUGAAAGGGCAGAACAACGUGGCUUGCACCUUCCUAAUGUGAAUUGCUUAACCUGUGUGCCAUACGGCCUGUUUGAACCCGUUUGCACUGUGUGGGCAGACAGUGGAAUCCAUGUGGGCUUUGCAUCUGUUGUUAUGCAACGUGAGGAUAUGAUGCACUUCUUUACCCCAGCAGUCAGGCAGGCAGAUCCUCAGUUGUGCAUCUUCACUAACCUCAUGGCAUAGAUGCUUUAAAAUGGCCUGUUUACAGUUUGAUCUACUUGCAAGCCAGGGGAGAAGGAAGUGGGGAGGCAGGUAGUAUAUCUGCAAGGAUGAUCCCUGGUAGAAACCCCUUCCAUGCCAAUAAUUGCCAUAUGUGAAUUUCCCAAGAAAUGCCUUUUUGGGAAAUGGGAAUACUUUUCUUGGUGACACUUCAAGUCUAGCAGAAGAGAGCAAGGGGUUACCGGCUUAAAUAACCAUGCACACAUUUCCUGUUGGGUAGAAGUACUCCAUAAGCAGGAGAGCCAUCAGCUUCUUGGUUUGCCUUUUUUUUUUUUUUUUACACAAAGCCAUAGAACAGCACAACUUAAUCAUCUGAUCACUGCUCCUCUGUUCAUUGUCGGCUGAUUGCAGGUAUGCAUUGCUGUUAUGUUUAGGGAUUAUUAAUGAAGGAACUGCAGCUUUCCUACUCAGGCAGGGAUGGUUGCUAGGGCAGGUCUGGCACCUGAUGUUCUCCCUGCUGCCUGUCUAUUCAUUGACUGGGCCAGAUUGGGGGGGGGGGGCGGCAGUGUGCAGGCCUCACAAUGGCGUAUCAGUUUCACGGUCGGAGCACCAUGCCUUUCUAUGAACUCUCUUGAACAACAGUGGUGGAGGUUAGCCAAAAUUCCCAAUUCCAGUGUGGAUUUUUUUGCUCACAUUGAGGACCUCAAGCCGUACCCCCCCACACCUCCCCCCCGCCUUAUUGGGACAAGAAUGUGAGAGUCGUCUUGAUUAUUAUAUCUAGGGAGGCUCAAAAAAUUAGUUUCUUAAACAGAGAGGCACUUCCAACAAUCACGUUUAAGAACCUGCAAGGUAGCUAAUUUGGCUUGAUGCAGUAAGUUGGUCCUUGCAACCAAAAUAACUGAUAUGGAAACUUCUGCUGCAGGAUAUGGUAGCAGUGCAGAUGAAAUAAAGAUGAGGAGACAUUACUUUUUUUUUUAAAGCAGAAUUGUUGACCUUUCUGUAGUCAUGGAUGCACAAGAUUAAAUAGGGAAGCAGUCCUCAGGUCUCAAACAUCCUGAAUUCUAUCUAAAGAAAACGACUCCUAAGUUCCAUUGAAAUCAAUGGUACUUAAGUGAGUCGCAUCUAAUUUGUCUCUAUUCUUUCAAUCGGGCUUAGUCAGGACUUACAUUAUUUGGAUACAACCCACUGACUGAUAACCAGACCAAUGAAGUGCUUGUGGAAGGAUGCUGUUGCACUUGCAGCGUCCACACAAGAGAAGUGGGCAUAUUCUUUGGUCCUGCAUUCAGACACAAGGGGCAUACAGUUCCUCACACCACCCCUUCUUUUCACACAUCCUACUGUCCACUUGUGGUUUGUGGGAGGUUCCUGUACAGACCUAGACACCUGCAGAAGGGUGCACAGUUGUUUUUGCCUCUGCAGCUAAAUGGAACUAAGUAUGCACAGGCUUCUAUUUGGGAGUAUGAAUGGGGGGUUGGUUGCCCAUGGAUUUUUGUGUGCAUUUACCAGGUUGCUGUGUAUAGUAUCCCCCCCCUUUUUUUGCAUGUCCAGUACACCUGUUUCUGCACACACUUCAUGUCCACUGGAUGAUCAGGCUAAUAAUGGCCCAUUACAUAAAAACAAAAGUCCUGUUCCUUCCCCUCAUCCAGGAUUCUUCCACUUACAAAGAAAUGUGUUAUCCACAUGGUUAUAACCUAGAAUAGCAUCCCAGUGUUGGGAUUUCUCACAGAGCAAAAGACUCCAGCUAAAUCUGAGGUCAAGCAAAGCAUUACAGGGAGGUUACCAUAAGGAAGGGUUUGCCACAUCGCCAUCUCUUUCACACCCAUACUUUUUUUCCUCCUACUUGUUCUUCUGGGAGAUGGGAGGGCUGAAAGAACAUUUUCCACCAGCCAUUGUUUCCAUAUUGAUCGUUUCUCAUCUUGGGAUUUAUUUUUUGGGUGGGGGGAGGGAGAAGUCAAGAGGCUGGCCGUUAAGUUGCAAUGCCUUUGAAAAGCCAUUAGUCCUUAGGACAACAGUGUGGAACAAUUGUCUGCGUUGCAGCUCAUGUUCUGUAGGGAUCCUUUUCAGGGGAUUCCACAUCAGUAUUAAGUUGUCAGGGGGGCUGUUCUUCAGGAAGGGAAGGGAAAUGGGUGUUUUUUUUCUUUCUAACCAACCCCUUCCCAUGACACUGGAAGAUGCCCCCACAAGUGGGAAUAUCUGUAUUUUUCUUUUUUCUUUUUCUGCUUUUCCUCCUGCUUUCUUCUCUUCUCUCUCUCUCUCUUUCGCUCAAUACAAUUUUUAGUUGAGUAUUUUGUAAUAUGUUCCAAUGUUUGUCCUUGUGUAAAUAAAAUUGUUUCUGGCAA